GCCCACAGCAGCGGCGCCGCAAAAGCAGCACAGCUCCCCUUCCUUCCUCGAUGGCCGGCGCCGGCAGCCGCACGGACGACGACUACGACUACCUCUUCAAGGUGGUCAUCAUCGGCGACUCGGGCGUGGGCAAGUCGAAUCUGCUGAGUCGCUUCACCCGCAAUGAAUUCCACCUCGACUCCAAGUCGACGAUCGGCGUAGAGUUUGCGACGCGCUCAAUCCAGCACGACGGGAAGAUCAUUAAAGCGCAGAUCUGGGACACCGCCGGUCAGGAGCGCUACCGCGCCAUCACGUCGGCGUACUACCGCGGCGCGGUGGGCGCGCUGCUCGUCUAUGACAUCUCGAAGCGGCUCACCUUUGAGAACGUCGAGCGCUGGCUGAAGGAGUUGCGGACGCACGCAGACCCGUCGAUUGUGGUGAUGCUGGUGGGGAACAAGUGCGACCUCAAGCAUUUGCAGGCGUGCGCGACGGAGGACGCAAAGGCCUUUGCGGAGCAGAACAACCUCGCCUUCAUCGAGACGUCGGCGCUCGACGCGACCAACGUCGACCUCGCGUUCGAGACGAUCCUGAUCGAGAUCUACCGCAUCGUGACGAGGAAGACGCUCGAGGCGGGCGGCGGCGCGGUCGCGUCGGCCGGCGGGGAGAAGAUCGUACUCGGCAACGCUGCAGCCCCGCCCGCCAAAAAGGGGUGCUGCUGACCGCUGCCGGCGUUCCGGGGGAGAGCGCGCAACGGGCGCCGGUGGCGCGGCGCCGGGCAAAAGUGGGCAGGCGCCCAGCCGCACAGCGCCUGGCGGCCGCCGCCCGGCCACUAGCAUGCGAUUGUGCGUCAGUGAGAAACUGUGUUCUUUUACGUGUGUGCGCCCCCCGCCGCGCGGGGCAGCGCCCAGUCCGCAGUCGAGAGAGGGGGAGCGCGCGCCGCGCGCGGGUCGCCGGGUGCGCGCGUCACCGUCAGCCGUCACCCCCGGGAAAUCGUCCUUUGGCGUGUGCCCGAUCUUACGUCUCGGAGUCGCUAUCUGAACUCGAAAAGGAACAUACGACCUCUCCCUCGCGCGCCCCCCCUGCAGCUCCAGCUGCACUCCACUCGUGGCACUGCGACCGCCCCGGGCCGGCGGGCCCCGCGGCCUAUAAUAGCCGCUGCCGGCGCGCAACAUCCACGCUCCACGGACCACGCUCCCCACGCCCGGGUCGCUCUACUGACUACUGCGGUUGCAUACACUCUCUCUGGGCUCUCUCUCGCCCGCGCGCUCGAGCCAAGAUAAAAUGUCUGAGGAGACUCAUGCCACAGUUUAGCGUGGUCCACCCGCGCGCCAGCUGAUGUUGCCGAUGCCCGUGAAGGCCGACUUGAGCGCCUUUGGGUCCGCCCACGACGAGUGGAGGUACGCGUCCUCGUCCUCGGCGGCGAGCCGCUCCGCCUCUUGCUGCUUCUUGUGGUAAAACGCGAUCAUCGCCUGCUGCUCCGCCUCCGAGACGGCGGGCUCGCGCUGCGGCGCGCCCGCCCCCUUCUUCUGCAGCUUGGCCACCACCUUCGUCUUCUCGUUCCGGCCGACGUAGUCGGAGAGCAGCUUCUCGCGUUGCAUCUCCUUGCUGCAGCACCACAGGCAGGUGGCGUCGGCGUCGAGGUGCUGCAGCUGGGCGGCGCCCUCGAGCGCGUCGCGGUCCUCGAGGAUCUGCCGCACCGGGUCGUAGUCGGGGAGCCCCAUCGGCCACGCGAUCAUCACAGCUCCCUUGAUGUUUUGCACCGCCUCCUCGAGCGCCGCUGCCGUCGCCGGCACCUUCAUCGCCACCUGCCGCUCCGACAGCAGCGCCUGCGCGUCAUCAACUGUUCGCGUCAGCACCUGCGCAAUCUCUGGCGGCGGCGCGUUGCCCGUCCGCCGCUCCGUCGGGUCUGGACAGUAGUGCUCGUUGCGCGCUGGUGGUGGACGCGGUGCGGUGGCGCCGCUGGCCACGUCGUAGUCCUCGAGCAACGGCGUCGAGUCGUCGAGGCCCUGCUGCUCUGGCGGCUUUGACGGCCCGUGCGCUGCGAGCGCCGAGGCGGCCUCAGCCAGCCGGAGCACCCGCUGACGGAGGUUGUGGAUUGCGAUGAGGUCGCGCAACACGACGUCGACCUCCGCGGAGCAGACCGUCUCGUAGAGGAAGGUGUCCUUCUCGCUGCGCUUGACUUGGAGCACGACCAUGGCCGUGUGGCGUUGGGAGCGGCUGUUCAGGG